AUGUCAAUAUCAACUUCAUCUUCUGAAUCUCAUCAACUUGCUACAUCCCAAGAUUCGACUCGGCGUCUAGAAGCCUCAUUUUUCAGCCUGUGCGCAAGAUCGUGUCAAAUUCUACACGUCAGAAAAUUUUCGCAAAACCCAUCGCCUCGAAACAGCGCAGCUGGGAAAAAGAAAAACUUGGACUCGCACGGCCGAGGGAGGACCAAGUCACGAAAAAAGGACACAAGGCAAAAAAGUAACGAACUCUCGACACACAACUUGUCGUUCACAAUGACAAAAUUGUUUGAAAAUUUCAGAGAGGUAUCUAUCUAUCAAUACAAUUACAAUUCAAGCAAGGUGCGCGCGAGGAAAAGAACCUCUUUCAGUUCGAUACCAAAACUUGUCGCCCCGCCCAAUCAUCCCUUCGCAAGAUCCCAGCCAAAUCUUUUUCUUUCCUUCUUUCUUUCUUCCUUUUCUCCCUCUCUCUCAGCCCUGUCUAAUCUGAUACUCAAAUCACUGCUGUUGACUGACUACUGCUCGACGUCACCAGUUGCGAAUAGCUCCAGCUUCACUCUCUCCCUCUCGACGCCCAAACCUUCCAACACAAGUCUCACCUUGAGCAUCCAAUCUCUCGGCCCGCAGACGUAG